AUGUCACCGAAAUUAAUACCGUACUUAACCGACAUUAAGGCCAUCAGUUCGGCCAGUCGUAUGACGUGUUUCCUCUCAAAUACCGGUGCCCUUUACUACUGUGGCGAUGUGUUCCCUUGCCCAAAAUUAACACCUACCCAGAUUCAAAAGGUUGCAUUUCACGAUAUGUCCCAGCUACGUUCGUAUAGUAAUUUCACAUUCGUACCAGUUGUGCUGGGUGAUAAAGUUUACAAAAUUGACAGUGCUAACGAACGUAGUGAAAGUAAGCAUGCUGAUUUUAUAAGUUUCUAUGCCGAAGAAUGUCAAAUAACUUAUAACACGCGUCGCGUACAUCACAAUCAUUAUCUCUAUAAGUUUAAUGAGAUACAGAAAAUUGGUCAGGGUGGCUUUGGGUCGGUGUACAAGGUGAUGAACCUUUUUGAUCAAAAGAUUUAUGCGGUUAAAUGUGUUCCGUUUGAAGAUACAAAAAAUAAGGGCAAAGUGAUCAGGGAGAUUAAAAAUUUGGCCACAGUAAACUCGAACUUUGUGGUCAAGUAUUAUGACUCGUGGAUCGAGCGCCAGUGUCUAUACAUACAAAUGGAGUUGUGUUUGGACAGCCUAAACAAAAUACUAGCCCUAAAACCUCAAGUAUUUAAUCGUCAAUUGGAUGAACCCAUGUCUUUGUACGAGUACUUCAUAUCGUGUGAAAUAUUUCGACAACUUUUAGAAUGCGUUCAAUAUUUGCAUGGUUUGGAUCCGCAGAUCAUUCACCGGGACCUCAAACCCGACAAUAUAUUGAUUUCGGUUAAAGUCAAAAAUGACCGAUUUAUUAAAUUAUGCGACUUUGGCCUGGCUACCAUGCACGAUAAACGCAUACAUUAUAUUACCGCUAAUAAGCACACGGCUGACGUGGGCGAUGUUAGAUAUAUGGCACCAGAGAUCAUCCAGGGCAUGAAGUACGGCCAUAAAUCCGAUUUGUAUAGCUUGGCGCUAAUUGGUGGUGAAAUAUUUAGUAUUGAUCUAUUUACCGAAAAGUUAAUGAGCAUUGUCACUGGUAAUGUGGCCCGGAUUACCAUCUCCAUGCAAAAUUCUCAAUACAUUGAUGAAUUAACUGUGUCCAUUGAAAUAUUGCAAGAUUUAUUGGACUCCAUGAUAAACUUAAAAUGGGAAAAACGGCCGGAAUGUUGGGAAGUGUUGGCUAAAUAUAGCGAGUGGUCCAUCGAUAAUAGUCUGGACACAAAUGACCUACAAUUUAAGGCAACACUCGAGACCCUUGAGUCGCACGAGAAUCCAUUUUUCAAUAAAUUCUUGCUUAACAUAUUGCAACGUAAAUGGGCCUCACUGUCCAUAUUUGAAAAGUUUCAAAAGAUACGAUUGAUGAAAUAA